AUUUUGGUCGAAAGAACAAUGCAAAAUAUGGCUAAAACGAUAUUACUUUACGACUUAUUUGUGAAAUAUUAAAGCGUUGUUCUGUUGGCUAGAACGUUCGCUUUGAUUAUGGCUGGGAGAGAUUAUUCUUCAUAUCCUCCCGGUCUCGAAGAGGAUUUAAAAGCUUUGGAUUUAGAACUGGAUGAAGGUACGCAUUUUUAAUUUGACAACACUGUGUUUCUAUAAAUUCGCGACAGAGUAUAUUGUCUAAUGUCUAUAAUUGGCUUGCCAAAAUUUUUAGCUAUUUUCUAUGUUUGUCUUCUGCUGUAUUUUUAUAAAAUACGGUACAUUUUGCAGCCUAGCUAGUGCCCUUUAAUACAGUAAUUCGUAAAAUAAAUACUGAUAACUAUUAUGUAUAUAAAAUCUGUUCAGUUUUACGUAAAUAUAUGUUAUGACAUACUGUAUUAGCACUUGAACAUUGCUGUCAAUUUUUUCUAAUAUAAAGCUAAAUUCUCCGCGUUUCCGAACUACAUUAGCCGAAUGGCAUCGAAGGAAUGUCAUUCUUUAUUAUUUUUAAGUGUUUUCAGCGCUAAGGUUACGGAAUUUCAAUGAUCUGUGACUAAGUUUUGACUAUCGAAGAAACUUAUGUUUAAUAAAUAGAACUCAACAAGAUUUCCUUCCCGAGAUAAAAGCUUUCUGUAUGUGCUCUCUUUCAUGGUCUAAUAUAAUUUCAACUCGGCAUUUUGCUAUUUAAGCUUUCUAUUUAGUAUUUCGGCCUUUUUAUGGUAAUGCAAUAGCCAAAUUUUAAGAGGGAAGGAAAUGAACUUUAAUGCAAUUGUGAUAUUGAUUGAAUUUCAAGUAUGUUUCACAGUAUAUAAGACGUAUACAAAAUGAUAUUAAAAAUUUAACUAAAACACGAGGAAUUUUUACAUAAUGCGGUUAUUAUUAAAAAUACAAAAUAUAAUAAAUGUAUAUAUGUUAUAUAAUUUGUUAUUACCCUGCGGAGAGGGAAUUGUAGUUUGUAAAACCCUGUGGUGAGGUGACACUAGAGUAUUUUGCGCGUGAUGUUUUUAAUUGAUUCAGAAAGGGUGGCUAAUUGUUUUUAAAGGUGACAUUACUCAAAAAGGCUAUGAGAAAAAGAAGGCUCGAAUUUUGGCAAAAGUACAACAAGGUAUGUUGUAAUGUUGAUAAGAUUAAAGAUUUUGCAUAGAUUAGAAUAAAGUUAUGCAUCUUGGGAUUGUUACAUUUGCAAGAUUAUCACUGUAACAUUAGACUGCGAGCGGUCCCUCCUUUCUGCGGGUUUAGAUUUCUGGGCAUGCGAAAGGAAAGGAGGGACUGCCGACAAGACAUCAAGAAACGAAAUACGCGUUGCCCACACGACGCAAAAUUCCCAUUGGUCGAAAUCGAUAUGCCUGUCAAUCAAAUCUGAUACAUAGUGAUUAUGCUAUAAAUAAUUUCCAGACUGAAUGUUGAUUUUAUUAAUAAACAUAACAUUAACGGUUCCUAUUGGAUAGAUUUAAUUGGAUAUAAGUAAUGUUUAUGCAAAGGCGGAGCCAACUUUGACAAGAGCGAAAAGUGGGCGUAUUUCAUUUGUUGAUAUGUUGUUGGCGGUCCCUCCUUUCUCCCGAGGAACUGCUCGCGAUCUACUGUAACAUGUAUGGGUAUGAAUUUGUAACAUUUUAGCAAUUAACUGAUUUUACCAUGCAUCAAUAGUAAUGUGUAAACGUGGAGAUAUAUUUUUCACUGGUCCCUGGCCACGCCCCAAAUGUAUUUUUCACUAGCCUGUCACUUGUCAAGUAAAGUAAUUUUAAUUGGCCGGCUGACUAAGGUAUAAAAAAAGUACCUGUGGCUCCGGUUUCAUAUCGUGAAAAAAUUAGGGUAGGUAGGUCGGAAUAAUAUUUUUUUUCUAAUAUUUUUUUCUAAUAUUUUUUCUAAUAUUUUUUCAUGGUUUUGGCUGUUUUUUGCUGGGCAAUUUUCAGUAGAGUCCUGACAUCAAUAUUAACUAGAGAUGCAUAGUUCCUACGGACAAAUCUAGGCAAUUUGGUUCAAUAAUUAUUGUGCACGCCGUGGGUUACACGGUCAAUCGCGUUGAAAAAAAUAAUAUAGUUGGCAGAAAAAAAUAAGGUCGGUUGGGAAACCGGAACUAUAGGUAUUUUUUAGGCCUAAAUACAAUCGGUUGUAACCAUUUUUUAAACUUUCGGCAGCGAUUGCAGAGAGUAUUAACUAUCAAGAUAAAACUGUAUUCCUGUGCAGACCAUGAUACAUGUACGAUUUCUUCAUUCACACCAGAUUUUAAUAUUCUCAACCAAUACAUAACCUGCUUGUUUACAGGGAGCUCUCUAGCUAGGGCUACGCAUGUAAGGUAGUAGCAGACACUUGGGGGGAGGGUGGCAAAUACCCUCUCAAUAAUUUCUGGAAGUCUUUGCAAUGUAGCCCACUAACUGUAUAACAAUAAGCUGGUACAAUAAUUUUUCAACCAUGAAAGCAUUUGUAGACUAUAAAGAUUUGUGUAACAUUUAAGACAAUGAAGAUUUUAAAUUAAUAAGAGAUUUUUUCGCUAUGAAAGGUGCUCAAAUGAUGACAACCUAAUUGCCCACGCCAAUAUUCUGCAAAGUGUCCACCACUGAUGUAAUGGUGGGCACCUCUAUUACCCCGCCUCCUCCUGAGAGAAACUGCUUAUGAUUGCUAAAUGCUAAGUAUAUAAUAAUUUUUUGCACAUUUACAAGUCCAACAUAUUUUGAACAGGGCCACCACCCGAACCUCAAGCAAAUGACAGACCUGAACGAAGUCAUUUUAAACCUGGUUCAGACUCCCCAUAUCACCCACUUCCUGGUAAGUACAUUUUCAUACAACACCAAUAAUAUGUAGUAUUUGUUUGAUAAAAUAUUGACAGAUUAUCUGUUUGGAUGAACUUGACAGAUGUGUCUACACAUUAAACAUAAUUUAUAUUUAUGAUGAAAAUAUGUAGUGUUGCGUGUAGAAGUAGUACAAGCUGCAUUGGCCCAACGAAAAUCUCAGAUUGAAUCACACGGACCUUCACCUUUCAAACGACAGUCUUUGAGACAGAAAACACAAACUGAGCUGGAAGAAGGUACAGUAUGCUUGACAUUAGGUCAUUCCAGAGAAAAUAUCUGCUGUCCAGAAGGGAAGGGUGUGGGUGUUAAAUUAACUUCCAAUUCCCUCUGAGGGGUCGUCAGGGUGUUAGCCAGAAAAAAAAGUUUUGUCCGUUAAAUGUAAAUUGGGAAAGUUUUUUUGACCGAUCAAAGUCCUUGUGUAGGAAUAAAUUCCAACGUGUUUCUCCUUAGAUGCAAACAACAGUAGCUUGGUUUUGUACAUUUCAUUUCCGGUGAAUGAACACUGAAAAAUGCACCCGAUGGCACUUAAUUUUGUAUAUUUCAUUUCCGGUGAAUGAACACGGAUGCACACCGAUUACACUUCGUUUUGUACAUUUCAUUUCAGUGUGAAAUGUGAAUGAACCCAAUAUGAAUGGAACGCGAUACAUUUUGAGAAAAUAGUUAAUGGGAAAAAUUAAAUAAAACGUUCUUUGAUAUAAUAAUAUAAAAUCAAACGCAAUGCACUUUGUCAUCCGAAAAUCAAGGUGCUAAGUAAAUGAUUAAUAAUUUAUUGUAAUUUGAAACGAGGGCCUGCCCCACCUGAUUGGAAACUAAAGUCUCUUGUGUUCAUCAAGGAAAGAUUGUUCCAUGUUAAUUAUUUAAACAGUACUGCAUAUUGUAUAAAGUAAAAAUCUAAUCCCAUGCACAAAUUGUUUGUUGCUUUACAGUCAACAUUCCAGUUGCGGACUAUGACGGUGCUGGCGAACCAGCAAAUGGAGAAGUGCAGGCAACCAAUCAAACUUCAAGUAAAUAUAGAUUAACGAUAGAAGACACUCCAGCCUCAAAUGCUGUCAAGGUAGUAGCAUCAAGACAAGAAGAAGAAGAAGUGGUUAUCGCCCAACCAGUCGUUGUUGAAGGCGAUCGUUCAAAGGCGGGAGCUAAACGAAGAAGUCAGAUGCAAGUGGUUUCAAUAAGACUGGAUUCAGAUUCUGAUUCUAGUAAUGGACGUAAGUAACCUACAAAGUCUAUAACCUUGAAAUAGUGUUUAUUGGGGUAUCUGGACAAUGGUUAGUGAAUAUCUUCUCUCAGACAGAUGUUUAGUUGCUUCAACAUGCUAUCGUCUGAUUAAAAUUUGGCCUCAGUUUUUCUUCCUGAGGAGAGUGCUUCCAACAUGAGCACAUAAUAGGAAAUGGACAGAAAGGAUGGCACGAACUAGACCUCCAGGGAGAACAGCCUAGAACUGAUACUUUGCCAAUAAAAUGAACAAGCUUUCGUUACUAGGGAUGCAGCAACCUGAAUAUAUACUGAAUAAGGGGAAUAUCGACGUUUCGAACGAAGGCCAUUCGUAACGUCAGACGCAGGCCCUUCAGUAUCUCCAGACGAAGGGCCUUUGCUCGAAACGUUGAAAUUCUCCUUAUAUAUUUUCAGGUAGUUGCAUCCCCACCAACGAAAGCUUGUUCAUAGAACUGGUAGAGCUAUCUGGAUGUAAACACAAAGUUUACUUUCAGUGGCGGCCCCCACCUUCACAGAAAAUUAACGAAUUUUCGGAAAUUUUGACCUAAAAGAGGGGCUAAAAACAAUCUUUUUGAAUGCAAAUGGGGGGGGGGGGUUGUCGGAAGUUUGAAAGUUUUGUCGGAAAUUUAGAAGGCUUUGCCCCCCCCUCCCCCGGAGAAAGUGAAUUUCCGCCACUGUUUACUUUAUUUGAAAUGUUUACUGUACUAGGUGCAUAAAAUACUGCACAGUAUAAUCAUAUUUUAAUCAAUGUUUCCACAGGUAAGAUAUUACCAAAAAAAUUAAAAAAAACAACCUGGUUUCUUUCAGCUGCAUCACCAGGAAAGGUAUCAAAUAAAAUUCAGCAACUGUUAAACACUUUAAAGGUAUUGUAUGUCAGUGUUUUAGAAACUAAGUCUUUAGACUAAUAGUUGCAGUACUGUGUUUGUUGUGCUUCUUUAACAGACCUUUCCUCUACAUAUUUUAGAGGCCUAAACGCAAACCACUGGAACAGUUUUUCACUGAUGAUUAUGAUGUUGUUGAAGGUACAGUCAUAUCCAGUGAAGCUACUGCAGCAACUGAGUGACCAUUAACUAAACCAACAGGCUGUUAGUAAAGUAGUUUAUAUAUAACUUCCAUUUUGAAAUAGUUUCAUAUAUAUUGUAUUAUAUUCUAUUUGCCAGAACCAAAGUUAGACCCAGGUGCUCCCAAACCAGAAGGCACGACAACUAAACCUUCAAUAGGAGAUCCACUCCAAGUAAGUUAUUAAAUAUUUAUCAUUAGCAUAAGUUACAUUUUCUGCUCGAUCCUUCCAAUGGUUGCUGCUCAUCCCAAAGCUGAAAUCCGUCCUAUUAAUCUAGAUGUGUUUCUAUUUUUAGCAACUUGCUCAGUGGGGAAACAGUUUGGAAGAAGCUCUAUAUCGCUAUGGCACAAGUCAUCAUAAAGCAGCUGCCAUUUCAACGAUUGACAACCAUUGUAAAACAUCUUACACUCUAACAUAUGGUACGUUACCAAGUGCCUAUGUAUAUGGUGUACCUGUAUAUACAGUAAUGUACACAAAUGUGGCACAGUGCAUGUCUCUGUGGGCCCUGCUAGCUUCCUAAUGAUGACUUGACACUAAGGAAUGUCCUUACUGGGCCUCUAAGGAGAGUUGCUUUCUAGUAACCGACUAUUGCGUCUAUUUGUUGUCAGGAAAACUUUUGAGUAAAGCACAGAAAAUUGCGCACACACUUUUAAACAGAGUUGGCAACCCUAAAGAAGGAACUUCGAUAAUGAUGGGCGACAGAGUAAGUAAAAAUAUUCAAUAUUUCUCAAAGUCAAUGAUCGCAUGACAGUGGUCGGUUGCCACUUUAAGUUAUUUCGAUCCAGUGACAAUGAGUGCUGAUGGAUAGUCAGGGCCGCCGAUAGAUUGCAUGUCGUCAUAUACAUGUAUAUAUCAAAACAAUCGGUGACUGGAUGGCAUAGAGAACAGUGGGAUUUUCAAAAUAGUGAAAUGACAAAUGAAUGUAACACUCUGGUCGCUGGAUCAUGCCUGACACUACUGUUUUGCUAACUAUUAUGUCCUGCUCGAGGUUAAAGUUUUCAAUUUAUUUUUUUAGGUUGCACUGAUAUACCAUCCAGAUGAUAUAGUUGGUUUUUCCACUGCAUUCUAUGGUUGUUUACUGGCUGGUAUAACUCCCGUCGCUGUUGAACCACCAAAGACUAAGGACGUAAGAUACUGAUGCAUUUAACCUGAAUGAGUUUACUUUUGAAAGGCUCAAAGCCGUUGUUCCAUUUCAACAAUGUGGUGGUGAAUUAUAGCAGGUAAACCCUAUAUUUUAGGAUCCAGGUGGACAGCAAAUCGGAUUUCUCCUUGGUAGCUGUGGUGUCACGUGGGUCCUCACCACUGAAACUUGUUUUAAAACUCUACCAAAGGAUGAUACGGGCAACGUUGUACAUUUUAAGGGUAGGUACUGUUGGUAUUAAUUAAUUAUUGGAUAAUUUGUCUGGAUGAUUUCGUGCAGUUGCGCAAACAGACGGGUCAACUGUCAAGAUAGUCAAGACUACUCUAAUGUCUGCGUAUCAAUUCCUUAAACAAAGUCUCAGUCUACUGUGAUUUGUCUUGAAGAAUGCUCUGUUUAUAUAUGUAUGUCUGUUUGAAUAAGGCAGGAAAAUAUCAACAACUGUAUGAUUUGUUCCAAAACCAUUGUCUGUAUAGAUCACGUUAUUCGAGAGGAUCAGACUUGACUCCCACCACCGUUACCAUUAAUCUACCUGAUUAACCUAUCAAGUACAUAUUACGCCAUUGAGGGGUAGCGAUAGGCUGUACAUAGCGGUAGUGGACGUCAAGUCUCUGCCCCACGCAAUCAUAACUAGAUCAUAAAAUCAUACCAUAUUUGUAGGGUGGCCAAACAUUCGUUGGUACUAUACGGAGAAACUUGGAAAACCUCCGAAGGAUUGGCGACCCCCGUCCAGUUUGGAUCGUGCAUCUCCAGCGUAUAUUGAGGUAAGUGAGGAGAACUGUGAGGAGGGAGGGAGGUGUAAGGAUGGGGGGGGGAGGGAAGUGAAUAUGCAUGUUUAGGGUUAGAUUUCCUGGCCGAGGGCGUGUUCUAACCCACCACUUUCACCACACCACUAAACAUAAAUCAUAAGUACCCAGGUAACCACUGGUUAAAACUUCUUGGGUGGAGGGGGUUAGCAGUUGUUGAACACAUGGAAGGGGGUAACUGUUGGUACACACCCUAACUUAUAUUGAGGUGUGUGUUGGGGGGGGGGUUAUUUCUCCCUGUGUGCAUACUAGUAGGAGGAGUAGCUCAUCAUCCCAGUGUAAAUUUUACUGGUCAAGGUGAGGGCUCGUACCCUACUCAACACACUUAGUGUACACUCUUUGCACCCACAGUUUUGCCCUCCCCCUGAUUUGUGGGAGGUUUGAGUUUCAUUUCGCCGUGAUUUAUGAUAUUUUAUUAUUAUGUAGUCAACCACAGGCAAGGAUGGUUCUGCUCUUGGUAUCUCAGUUACUCGCGCCAACAUGCUGUCACAUUGUCAAAUGGUCACUCAUGCUUGUUCUUACACCGCUGGUACAUAUGUAUUCAAUCAUUUAUUCAUCACCUUUGUGUUCGAUACCUGUAAUAAUAUGGUGUUGUCUAAUUAUAAUUCCAUGGAACAUGCUUCCAGCCUGACUCUAUCAAACACGGUGAAUUACCCCCUGGGGCUUCCGUGGCGCAGUCAUCAGAGAAAGCGUCUUUCACCUAUGAGAUCGUGGGUUCGAUUUUCGCUACUGACUCAUGUGAAAAGAGCAGGGCCCGAAAUAACGGCUGGAGGGUCGGUGGUCAAGGUGACCGGCCAACUCAAUUUUAGCUCGGACAUACCGAAUUUCUGGCCGGUCAAAUUAUCAAGCUUAAAGCGAAGCCUAGUAAAGUAUACCCCUAAAAAUGUGACCAUUUUCCCAGUAUAGCAGUACAAAAAGCCUUACUGUAAUCAGUAAUUAAAAAUUCCUUCACAUAAAACAGCUUGUACUGGGCUAAAAGCAUGGUCUUAGCUCUUAAGCCAAAGGUAUGGCCAUGGCCCAUGGGCUGUGUGACGUACUGCGUGCGAAAAACUGGUGUACAUUGAAGUUGUUUUCCUGCAAAAUAUUCGACAACAUGCAUGUUAUGGUUCUUAAUUAUAAUACUGUACUUGACCACUUUAUUUUGAUGAUUAUUAUAAAAUGAAGAUUAGUUUGUUCUUUUACCGAAAGUGUCAAAAUGACCGGCAAGGUAAGAAUUUGACCGGACAACUCCGCAUUCUGGCCGGACAUUGUCCGUUGACCGGCCGUUAUUUCGCGCCCUGAAGAGUCAGUCACGCUUUGCUGAAAGUCGUGGGUUCUCUCCGGGUACUUCGGUUUUCUUCCACAGGAAUGUUGACAGGGUGGGUUGGGAAGCACCUCAAACUGAUCCGUAGCUGUGCACCCACUGAUAGUUAGAAAUGUUCGGUAUACUGAUAUAGACCCAUUGCACAUGACGUCACAGCGCCGGUGACGAUGCAUCUGGAGGACAAAUUAGCAAUCUAUGCAUAAUAUAACUUUUGUAAACAAAGCAAAUUGUGUAAAACUUUAUAAUAAUUUUGUAUUAAAAUGGUUAGUUUUUGCGCUGUAUGUGGUUGUUGUACCCGAACAGAUAUUGUUAGGGAGCAUCUGGAGGACACUCUAAGGAUUUGUGACGUCAGUGCAAAGGGUCUAUACCGAAAAUAUCGGUAUUGAAGCCAAUAUCGGUUUAUCAGUAUGAGUUUUUCAGUCACACCGAAAUUUCCGAUGUAUCGGAAUUUUUCGAUAUACCGUAUCAAAUUUAUACACCAUGCAUAUGGCAAAAUCAUCAAUUUUUGUAUGCAAAUUAAUAAAAGCAGUAGACAUUUCGUGUUAAAAACAAUGUCAACAGCUUCGAAAUUAUCAUAAACGGUGUUUCUACUUUUGAAAUUAUUCAAAAUCAAAAUUUCCUUCAAAUUUCCACUAAAGAAUUUUCCUAUCUAAUUUAACAGGCGAAUAACCGGUAUACCGAUAAUAUCGGUAUAAUUUUUCCGGUACACCGAUACCUGAAAAUUCUCAUACCGAACAUCCCUACUGAUAGUACAGAUCAGUGUGUGUUCUGUGAUCAGUCACGAGUCAUAAGGUGGCAGAGGUGCCCUUUAUAGAAUGCCUUUGACUAGAUCUGGUUGAGCUGCGUCCUUUGUAAUUAAGCUUAACUCUCAACUUCAGCAAGGUUAGCACACCUGGUAUCACUGGACAAAAAGGAAUAGCCCUUACUGAACAUAUAGUGUCCACUGUAUAUAGAGAGAGCAGUUUAAACUUUAAAUCUAUUUGUCGAAGCUAUCCAGUAUCAACAAAGCUAGUUUGACUCGUCUAUUCUACAAAACCACAAUUUCUUUCUAUUUUUCAGAAUCAUCCUCAAAGAUAUAGUGCGUUAUUUCAUUCAUUAAAUCUUGUGUCAAUAUUUUGUUCGUAGGUGAGGUGAUGGUCAGUGUGUUGGAUUUCAAACGGGAAGUUGGUUUAUGGCAUUCUAUUCUGACGGUAAGACUGUUGUCCAUGUUUGUUAGUGAAAAUGUUUCAUGUAUUACUGCAUAUCCAACUGUUAAUACAUUGUUUUGCACCUACCCCAGAUUUGUUAACAAAGAAUAUUAUAUGUUUUGUAGAGCGUUUACAACGGAAUGCACGUGAUUUUUGUUCCCGGAUGUGUUUUGAAAACUAAUCCCGCGAUGUGGUUGCAAGUUGUGACAAAACAAAGGGGUAAGCGCUGUCCUGGGGGUGUGGUGUGGGUGUGGUAAGCGUACUGCAUGUACCUUUCAUCUGUGCCACCGUGGUUCCAUUCCUGCAAUUUAUUCAGGGUUAGGACAAUUGGAUAAAACGCGGAUAUGACUUAUAAAGGGCUGAAAAACGUAUUUUGAUCCAUAUCCGCGUUUUAUCCUUUUAGAUAAAACGCGGAUAUGACUGUUAAAUGACAUUUAGCGAGAAUAUAAGCCGUCCGCCAUUCGUCUGUCCGUCCGCCAUCUGUCCGUCCGCCGUCCGUCCGUAUCCGCGUUUUAUCCUAACCCGCAAUACUCACUCGUCUGAUUAUAAUUUUACCACAUUUGAGAAGAUUGCUUCCAGAUUGACUCUACCAAAACCUCAAUCUUCUCUGGUUAUAACCUUGAACGUCUGUGCCAGUGUAGUGCCAAUAAUAACAGGGAUGCAACUACGUUGAAAAGUACAAGGAGCCCUUCCUGGUUUCCUCCUGUAAUAACACUGUAUAAUCCAAUAACGUAUUACUUAUUAUUAGCAUGACAAAAUUACUGGAUGCUGAUUGGUUCAGAGGAGUACAAUUAUUUCAUUAAUUGUACUGCAGUACAAUUAAUGAAAUAAUUUCCAAACUCGUACUAGUCAGUGCUUCCACAUCCAAAAGUAAAUUUCCCUAAAACAAACAUUUUCCUCUAAGUGGAAACACUUACAAGCAUGAUCCAAUAAAAAAGUUUAGGGUCGGAAUUUCGGCGGCCAAAAGCUAGGUAGGGUCCGGAAACCCACAUAUUUUUUUUUGCCUAACAAAAUAAAUGAUCUUUUUUCCCAUUCUCUAGCAACGUGUGCUCUGGUGUGUUCCCGAGACUUGCACUGGUCUCUUCAUGCUACCAAGGAAAUCAAAGACGUUAAUCUCAGUUCACUAAGGAUGUUGCUCUUAGCAGACAGAGCUAAUCCCUGUAAGAAUUCUAUGAUCAUUAAAUGACGGUUUGUGCUCUAAAACGGACUUAUAUCUCUGCUUUUAUUAUUUCCCCCUAGGGUCACUUUCAGCGUGUGAUGCAUUUAUAAGUGCAUUCGAAAGGAAAGGUUUGAAACCAGAGUCACUCUGUCCUUGUGCCAGCUCAUCCGAAACAUUGACAGUCGCUAUCAGACGGUAAGUAGAAAGCUGCUUUAAUGAGUAAAAUACGAUAGGUGUAUGUGCAGCGAUUGAAUACCCCCACAGAGUUCGUGGGUUCGAUCCUCGCUACGGACACAUUUGAGUCAGUGAACGCUCUGCCGAAAGUUGUGGGUUUUCUCCGGGUGCUCGGGUUUCCUCUCACAGGAAAAGUUGACAGGGUGGGUUAGGAUAAACACAGUUAAGAAAGUAACAUCACAAUUGCUGUAAAAAUAAAUAGUCUAGGCAAAGUGUAUGUAAUUAGGUAAGCGUCAUACUUGUAAAACGCAUUUGAUUACAUCCACAUGUGAAUUUGGGUUAUCGUUCCAUGUUUCGCGCACCAGUAUUAGUUAGGGUUAGAAUUAGGUUUAAGGUUGGGGUUAGGGUUAGGUUUAAGGUUAAGGUUAGGGUUAGGGUGUGUAUAUAUGUAUAUGGAGGUAUCCAGUUGACUUUGCAGUACACUAUGAUAUCCAUUACAUAACGUUUACUAUAUUGGUGCGCGAAACAUGGAACGAUUACCUAAAUUUGCGCCAUAUAAAUGUUAAUCGUAAGUAUUUAACACACUAUACAGUACGUUUAUUAUUUCUCCAGACCAGGCAAGCCGGGCUCGACCGCUACGGGACGUGGUGUACUGUCUCUGAAUGGCUUAAGUUAUGGUGUGGUCAGAGUAGAUAAAGAAGGAUCUGUGACGUCACUCACUUUACAAGACUGUGGUACAGUGCCCCCUGGUGGUAAGUCAGACUGAGAAUCUUGAUUACAGUAUAUUCAGAAGUCUGAAAAAUAAACAACGGGGGCCGGUUGUACGAAAGGUGGAUAAAUCGCUAUCCGGUUCAUGAUAAGUCCGCUAUCCAGCGGAUAAAUUUUAUCCGGUGGUGAAAUCCCCUCAUGUCUACUGUAAUUCGUAUGUUUUAGUGAAAAUCGUGGUAGUGAAACCAGAUGGGCCACCCAAACUUUGCAAGACUGAUGAAGUUGGGGAGCUGUGUGUUGCCAGCGGAACAGUUGGUAGUGCGUAUUUUGGACUCGUUGGGAAAACAAAUCACACUUUCAAGGUACAGCAGGUCAUGUACACCUAAAAUCAACCUUGAUGCCAGUUUAGAACUGAUAGAUCUACUAAGUAUCCAAUACAAAUAAAUAAAUUAAAUUUAGUUUGGGUUUUCUCCUAUUGGAACUCUCGGAAUGACCCUUACCGAACCUCUAAGGAGAACAAUUUAUUGAUUGAGGUAGCUAGAUUGUUUAUGUUUCUGAUGUUACUCUGAGUGUAUAUCCACACCGGGCAAGCUGAAAAGUCUGCCUGACCACGGUGGGAAUCGAACCCGCGACCUUUGGGAUACUAGUCCAAUGCUCUGCCAACUGAGCUACGAGGUCAGGUCGGUACUUCGAUUAGUGUACCGUAGGUAAGGUGGACAAGGGUUACUGUAGUUACUCAUUCACUUUUUUAGCUGCAGAGCUAUAGCUGUACUUAAAAGUUGAGAUUUGUGAGAAAAGAUUGAGGUGAUCCCAUGUAAAUGCAUAUAUGGUUCUUGUUGAAAAUUUAAGGUUCAACCUCUUGGCGCCGAUGGUGGACCUGUAGAACAGUAUUCACAUUAUUCUGAUUAUGUUCGGACAGGAUUACUUGGAUUUCUGGGACCGGUGAGUCGCAAUUAUAUACCGAAAGUUAGUUUGCAAUUUGGAAUGGGUCUGUUAAUUGGGGGUACCGAUUGAGACAUUCAAAUGUGGUUUGGAUAUUUUGAGUUUGGUGUAGACAUACACAUACAUUGAGCUUUCACUGGGGAAAAAAUGUGAAAUCCAUACUAUGAUAUUUGCAAUGCACCACUAAAUCCAUAGUAUAUCCUUACUAUUUCGAUACUGUAUCCAUAGUAUGGGAAUAUACAAUUAUUAUGGAUAAUCAAAAUUCCAUUCUCUUUCCAGUAAAGGUUCAUAUACAAUUUCCAUUCUAUGAACUUCUAUGGAUUUUCAAAAAUUUUCCCGGUGUUUACAGAUAUGAUUGUGUGACAAUGUAGGCUGAUCUAGGCCUCGUUUACAUGAGACCGGGACAAAUUCAAACCGGAAUGAAAAUGGAAAUUGUCAACAUGUUUACACGAGACUGGUACGAAAAAAAAAAUCACUUUAUUCCCCCCCUUGCCAGGCAAUUUUCUUUUUUAGAUGGAUUUUGUUAGCAUGUGUUGUUCCAGUGUCAAGGUUACAGCCGAGACCGAUCUGAAAUGUAUUUGUGUUUACAUUCAUCCCAGUCUGAAUUCAUGUCGGUCUGAAGUCAGUCGGUCGGUCCAGCAGGCGGAAUGACUUGAGACCUCGGUCUGAGUUAUUUUCGCCCCGUUCUCGUGUAAACAUCUAUUAUAAGUAAUAUUAUGACCGAAACGAAAUGGUCCCGGUUUGACUUCGUUCCGCUCUUAUGUAAACGGGACCCUAUAUAGUCUGGUUUAUAGUAGUGUGAAUAUGCACAAUAACGAAUCAAAAACUAAAAUGUUUUCUUUAUUAUCAAGGGAGGUUUGGUAUUCAUCUGUGGCACAGUGGAUGGUCUUAUCAGGGUUUCUGGAAGACGUCAUAAUGCUGACGAUCUCAAGUCAACCAUUCUUGCUGUUGAUCCCAUCAAGUUUGUGUACAGGGGAAGGUAGCAUAUCUAUUAAUUCCUAUUCUCCUAGGGGGGAACAGUAUACUGUACAACACACAGACCAUUCCAAGGGCGGAUUUUCAUUUUUUUAAAGGAAGGGUGGAAAAAUUUCUAGUGGGGUGCAAGCGGCACCACUGAGCAAGCUUCGACAGGGGUUAGGCGUUAGGGUUAAAGACUUUCACACAAAAUAGGAGGGGUGAAGCGAAAUUUUGGUGGGGUUAAACACUUUAUAAGUAUAGGUAUAGGAACGAGGGGAUAUGUGAUUUAUUCACCGAGGCGCGCAGCGCCGAGGUGAAUAAACACAUAUCCCCGAGGUGCCUCAAAAUAACGUACUUAUUUUUCACAUUGCGAGGUCGCGUUAAUGAGUCAGAAUAGAAAUAAUUCUUAAUGCCAUAUUGCCUUCGUUAUGUUGUUUUUUUCUCAUUUUUUGUGCUGCAAAGACUUUUCAGGUGAAUAUUAGAGGGGAUUAUUAAUUGCAGGUGAAUAUUAGAGGGGAUUAUUAAACGGAAAUUGAUUAGAGGAGAAUAUUGAAUAUAUUCCCCGAUAAGAACAAAGGAAACCGAGCAGGGUGAAAAAUAAGAGGGGUUAGAGAGAUUCUAGGGGGGAUUAACCCCCCGCAGAAUGACUGAAGCGUAGCAUUAUAGACACAUAGCCUCGACUUCGUUCUUUGAUUUGUUUUGAAUUUUUUGAAUGCUAUUCAUUAUUACGUAAUGUUUAAAGUUUCCGUUUGUUCUCAAAAGAAUGAGGUCGAUCCAGUAAUUCUGCAAAUGGUCUAAAGAGCUCUCCAAAGUGUAGUUAAGUUUAGUUUAAUUGUAAUAUUGUAAUAUUGUAAUAUUGCAUUAUUAUUUGCGUUUAUUUAUGUUAGAAUUGCGAUAUUUGGGAUGGAAGUUCUACGUGAAGAGAGAAUAGUUGUUGUUGCUGAACAAAGACCAGAUUGCACUGAGGAUGAGGUACCAUGAUACAUUUUUGCGUUAAUAAUUCAUGAGUAAAUUAGUCAACCAUAUUGCUUUAUUUUGCUCACAUGAUAAUAAAAGGUUAUUGACCGAGCGUGAGGUCUGUACUGUGAAAUAUCAGACCGAGGUUUAGUAUGGACCGAGCGACGAAGGAGCGAGGUCCAUGCAAAAAACAGAGGUCUGAUAUUUCACAGUACAGACCGAACAAGCGAGGUCAAUAAUCGGUUUAUUAUAUGGCUGAACUGAGUCUGUGAGCAUAUGCUUUUCGCGCGAAUUAAAUCGGCUAUCGUCAGUUAGCAAUAUACGGUAGGCAUGCAUGCUCAAUCAAAAACAAUUUUAGUUGUUUGAAAUUUUUAUCUGUAAAGCACAAUUGGAAAAUUUAAACAGCAAAAAAUUUUUUGUUUGCAAAGCAAAAAUUUCCCGCCAGAUAAACGAAAUCCGGGACACCGGUCCAGAUACGGAAAAUACGGACCACGGUCCGGAUAUGGGUUUUUACGGACCGCUUAUCAACCAAUCAGAAUAGAGAAUUUUGAAAAGCCAUAUAAUAAUACUGAAUACCUGGUGAAGUAUAUUGAUUCAGUCCUAGGACUGGAUCAAAAUUAAGUCACCUCACUUUAAGUAGUGAUUUAUUCGUAUGAGAUGUCAAUUCAAAUCCUCCAAUUCGGACUGGACUAGAUUUCAAGUCAUCGCAUUUCGAUCCAGUCCUCAGCUUCGCCUCGUCAAUGAUCAAAUUGCGCGGACUUUAAAUCUAGUCCAGUCCUCAUGGUCGGACUUGAAAUAUUACUUCAUGUACUUUGUGAGUUUUGUUUUUUUUUGAGGUUUUUUACAACUAAAAUACUUUGUUUGCAGGCUUUUCAGUGGAUGAGUCACGUUAUUCCUGCUAUAGAUAGUAUUCAUAGUGUAAGUGAUAAUCUUUCUAAUUUUCAUUAUUCAACAGUUCCUAUCUCAGAUUUUCCAUUGUGCUGUGUAUUGCUAUUCCUGCAGUAUACAGAUUUGUGUGAUCUUAAUUGACCACUUGCGUAAUAGACAAAAUUUUGAUCUCAACAAGUCUAGACAAAAAUUUCAUUACAGCUUGAAAGAGCAUCACAAAAUUAGUAAUAUGCCAAACUUUCGUUGCGAAAUGUUGUAAAAUGCGGAUAAUAUAGCCUUGCGAAGCUUGCCGUUUUUCAGUCAUUUUGCAUUACGCGGGGGAAAAUGACAGACCAAUACCCUUUGGAUCUGUCAAUUUCGCAAGGCUAUAUUAUCCGCAUUUUACAACAUUUCGCAACGAAACUUUGGAAUAUUACUAAUUUUGUGAUGCUCUUUCAAGCUGUGAUGAAAUUUUUGUCUAGACUUGUUGAGAUCAAAAUUUUGUCUAUUACGCAAGUGGUCAAUUCACCUCAGUUGCGAAGAGUGUUUCCAAUUUCACUCGGGGCGGCCCUUACUGGACCUCUGAGAAGAACAUUGUAAAACUGAUAGAGCUAUAUUCAACAUAAUUAGGUAAUUAAUACCAAAUCCUAACAAGUAGUAUGCACCAUAUCUUUUACGUAGGUUGGUAUUUAUUGCUUAUGUUUGCUGAGGCCUGGAGGUCUUCCAAAGGUAUGCAGACAAAAACUUUAAAAAAUAACUAACUAUGGAUAAUCAAGGAAGUUAUUUCAUAUUACAAUUCAUUUCUGUUUUCAGAUGUCAACUGGAAAUAUUCACGUUUUCGAGACAAAACAGAGAUUUUUGGAAGGCUCGUUACAUCCAUCCAAUGUCCUCAUGUGUCCCCACUCGUACGUAUAUGUUUAAUUCAAAUUUAAGUUAUUCCCUAUUCCUUCUCAACUAUAACUAGACUAGAUGAAGGAAUAUCGGAAAGGAAGCCAGGUUGGUCAAAGGAAGCCUGGUUAGAAAAAAUAUUGAAAUAAGUCAGCCAACAACUUUUUCAUUUCCUAUAGAUGUGUCACGAACUUACCCAAACCAAGAGGCAAACACCAAGGUAAAUAUUUGUUCAGAUCAUUGAAAUUGUCAUGGUAGACCUUCUUUUCCACUUCCCAGACUCAUUCUCUUCAUUUUACAUAAUAUAUUUGUUAAAGUGCAUAUGACAUGAAAUUUCUUAUUUUCUUAAAUGAAAGAACUCUUUAAGCUUCUCACACCGAGAAAGUGCCUAUGAAGUAUAUAUGGGGUGAGGUAUUAAUUGGGACGUAAGUCCUGUUCCACAUUCCAGUCACGUGUGUUGUCUUGUAGCUUGUUAUGUAUAUUGUUUAUCAGUGUCAUUGUAAAUAUUUGUGACAAAUUUAAUAAUAUAUAAUAAUAUAAUAUAUAUAAUAUAAUAAGCUGUAGUGUAACUUAUUUUUCAGUUUCUUGUUUUUAUGGUUUGUUCCCGAGAUAUUUCAAUUUGUUUGGUAUGUAAAUGAGUGUGAAUAUGUCCGCUAAUUUAUGACGUCAUGUUGGUUGCAAGCUCUUCAAAAUGGUUGACUAUCACUGCUAUCAUCCAAGAUGAUAAUUUCAAACUUCACUCACUGGUAAAUGUGAUGAAACACUGUAGAAAAACGUGAACAGAUAUCUACAGUUUUUAGAGUUAAUAGAUUUAUAACUAGUGUAAGUUCAGCUUGCAACCAACGUGACGUCAUAAAUUAGCGGACAUAUUCACACUCAUUUACAUAUCAAACAAAUUGAAAUAUCUCUGGAACAAACCAUAAAAACAAGAAACUGAAAAGUAAGUUACACUACAGCUUAAAGAGUUCUUUCGUUCAAGAAAAUAAGAAAUUUCAUGUCAUAUGCACUUUAAAGUUAUAUGACCUACGUUGCGUUUUAGAACCGGGUCCUGGCGCUGUGAUGGUCGGGAAUUUGUUACGAGGCACGAGAAUUGGCGAGGCAUCUGGUAGAGAAAUUGGUGAAGUUAGCGAUGCUGAUAAAAGGGUAUGUCAAUUUACAUACUUUACAUACAUAUAUUUACAUACAUAAAUUUAGCAAGUGAUAUACUUGAAAAAUGUUUCAUGGCUGAUGUUGUAUUUUGUUUUAGUUUCAAUUUCUUUCUGAAGUUUUGAGAUGGAGAGCCCAAUCGACACCAGAUCAUGUCCUUUAUUCACUGCUAAAUACUAAAGUGAGUAAUGUAUUAUUGUACGUAAACGUUUGUGACCAUUAACUAUCAACCUUAUCUACCUGCCUGCUUGCCUGCCUGCCUAGAUAGUUACUGUAGAAAAACUUUAUUUACCCACGCUAACCCUGUCAACCGAAGCUGAUUUCCACAGGGGGCGUGUAAGACGUAAAUUACAGUAGUAGAAAGGAAAUGACAAUAGUAUAAACAUAGUUACAUGAAGUUAUUUACAAAUAGUAGAAAUGGUAUUAAGUAGUACUAAUACUAAUAGUAUAUAGUAAUAGUAGAAUAGUUAUUUACAAAUAGUAGAACUAGUAUAUGGUUUUAUUUAUAAAAUGUGAGCAGCAAUGUACUUUUGAGAGCAUGACAGAGAUUUGCUUUCCCUAAUUUCAUUUGGAAUAGAGUUGAUGAAAUUAUUUUGGAAUAGAGAAGAUGAAACUCAUACAUGAAACUAUUUUUCAUGCUAUUGAUGCAUGGUUGUGGCAGACAAAGUAAAGAGGUUUGAGAGAGACUCGGGGCCUAUCCCAAUUGAAGUUUUGUUCAUCAUUCUUGCUAUUGCCUUUUUUCUCAUGAUAUCAAGUGGCUUCCAGCCUAAGGCACAUAAAGCAAUAGAAUGAUCUACAUCAUUGCUCAUAUUUGAAAAGUCUGCCUACCUACCUUACUGUACCUGCCUACCUAAAUAUCAAUCCACUAUAUCAACCUCUCUAACUACUUACUGUACCAAGGCAACAUAUGGAUAUCUGUCUACCUUUGUAUCAUUAUUAGGGAGGCUUGGCGUCCACAUUGAGCUGUAUUCAGUUACAUAAACGAGCAGAGAGAGUUGCUCAGAUGGCAAUGGAAUGCGGUGACUUAAGUUCUGGAGAUCGUAUUGCUCUGGUGUUUCCACCAGGUAUAGUACUGUUUAAUCUCUAGCGUACUGUAGGUAAUAUUCUAUAAGAAGCUGCCGUAGUUCGUGUCUGAACUGCCUGAAAAAUAUCUCCAACCAGGUGGUGUUGUGUAGAGAAGCACUGUCUUGUAGAUUGUACACACUGUACACAAGUGAAGUGGUUUAAUAUAAAUAGAGGAUAUUACACAGCGGCGCGAAGAUAUUACUUUUAUCUUCGAGUGGUGAAAACAAUAUUUUACGAACGAGCGCAGCGAGUAAAAUAUUGUUUUUAACACGAGAAGAUGAAAGUCAUAUCUUCAAGCCACCGUGUGAUGUUUUGUUUAUUAUAUAUAUAGUCCCAAGCAAAAAAUUGUGAAAUUUCACGCUCAAAAGCAAAUUGGAAAAAGACACGUGAUCGAUAUCUUCACUAGUGAAGAUAUGGAAAAUAUCUCACUGUGUAUUUUUCAGUAUCUCACUCUCUACUAUAUAAUAAAGUAGAAUAUUAUACCUCACAAUGAGCUUGUCCAAUCAGAGAACUAAAUUUGUACCACAUGACCAUGGUAUUUUUCAGCGAAUACUAUGACCUAGGCAAUUUGAACCCUGGGUGUUUUACCCGGGGCCAUGGUAUUCGACUUCGAAUACCACGCUUGAGCGGGAAAUUCGACUUUGAACUUGUUUUGAAAUUAAAAGUUAAUUGAAUGGUAUUUGUUUUCUAUUUAUUUUUGAAAGGUUCGGUAUAAUAUACCAUUUAUAGACCUUUCACUCGGGGUAUUCCACAAAAAAUUACCCUGCGGGAUGAAAUAUUCCUCGGGCCCGAGGAAUAUUUCAUCCCGCAGGGUAAUUUUUUGUGGAAUACCCCUCGUUUCAGGUCUAUAACUGAUAAGUAUUAUUUAUUGAAAGAUUUCUUUUCAUAGGGAUUGAUCUGGUUGUCGCUGUUUACGCCUGUUUGUAUGCUGGUAAGUAAAUAUUUACAGUAUGAGGGUAUAUACACAAUCUGCUGUGGUGGGUGGAAAUUUUUGGGGCAGGUUUGUCACCUACCUUUAACAUCAUGUUGUUUUCCUGUAGGUCUCAUUCCAAUCCCCAUCCGACCACCUUACCCAAAGAAUGUAGCCACCACACUGCCCACUUUACGAAUGGUUAUCGAAGUGAGUCAAUCACAAGCAAUCCUCACCACUGGUAAUCUGGCUAAACUUCUCAAAUCCAAGGAAGCUUUAAGUGUGGUGAACAAUAAAACAUGGCCACUGAUACUGAACUCUGAUGAUCCGCCCAAGAAGAAGUUACUCAGGCCAUAUAAUCCUCCCACGCCAGAACUCUUGGCUUAUGUUGACUUUAGUGUAUCGACUACCGGUGUUUUGACAGGUGUCAAGGUGAGCUGUACUUAUACUUGGAUUUUGUUAUAGAUGUCUCAGUUCUGCAUAAAGUGACAUUUUCUUUUGGUUCAGAAAAAGCAGAAAGAAUACUCGCAUAUUGCUUCGGACCGAUUUCUGCAUGUAUAUAAUUGAACGGUGUAGGUUGGUGAAGCCACCCAAAUUUUCAUUUUGGUAAUAGAAGGUAACAGCUGUAAAGCAGACUAGAUGUCCAAUCCAAUCCCAUAAUAAUCUUCACAGAUGAGUAACUUAACACUUGCCCGCUUGCCCGGGGCAAGUGAAUAUCAUGACGGGCAAGUGUUGCCUUGCCACAAAAAGCUGGGCAUCUUUAAGUUUAUAAUUUUUUUAUAGUGCAUGUACUUGAUUUAAAUUUUGUUUUUUGUGGACCAAAGCAAGAUCUGAGGCAGUAUAACAUAGCCAUAUAGAGCUAAGAGCAUCAGUGGGAGAACGGGUCGAAAUGUUGUCCCCUUAAUAUAUACCCCCUACCUAGGUACCCCAGUGGCCAUUGUCUGAUGGCAAGUGAAUUUUAUUCAGGGCAACUAAUUCUCAUGUCCAACUUGCCUUGGCAAGUGGUCAAAAAAGUAAAGUUACACCACUGCUUCAGAGUUUCUAAAAAUUGCCCUCUAAAUUUAUAGAGACAUUUAAUUUCAAGCUUUUUUGGCGUUGCAUAUACUGUAGCACAGAGAAAGUUCUCGCCCUUUCGGCGAUUUCGCCACUUUUCUUUCUUUGCUUUCGUCUCCAUCAGUUUAAUGGUCAUAACGGCAAUAACAGUCUUAAUACAUUUCUCUAGAUGUCUCAUGCUGCAGUCACGGCAUUAUGCAGAUCAAUAAAGUUAUCAUGUGAAUUAUAUCCUUCGAGGGAUAUCUGUCUUUGUCUCGAUCCAUAUUCUGGACUCGGGUUCCUUAUGUGGGCGUUGACCGGGUAAGUUGCUAUGGUAACAGUAAUCUAUAUAUUUUCUAUUAAACUGGAGUAAUAUAAUUUCAGUUUAUUACUUCAAUGAAAAAUGCUGGUAAUAGUUUAAAUGACCUUAUACAUGCCAUUUGGAUGAAAAUUUGAAAUGAACCGUCCCUACACACAAGUUGUAACAAACCUGCAGUAGACUUGUAGCAAUGCGUUCCAACAAGUUGUCAACAGGAUGUGUUCGCACUGCUUGUUCCCAGCUUGUUGACAAGUUGUCAACGGCUUGUUGACAACUUGCUACAAGGUUGUUGAGCUCAACAGUCUUGUUACAAGUUGUUCCAGCAACUUGUUAUCGUCCUGCAAUUCAACAAUUUGUCAACAAGUUGUGACUGACAACCUUGUAACAACGUGAUAAAAUAACAGCCAUGUCGACAAGCUUGCUACAAACCUGUUGCGAAUACAUCUUGUUGACAAGUUAUGAGACUUGAAUGAAAUAAUGAACACUCCAGAUAUAAGGACAUUUUUGUAAUGGUCAAUAGGUGCGAUGGGUCUAUAGUUUUAAGCGAACCUCCUCACUUGUGGAAAUUUAUAAUCUUUCUGUUUAUAAUUCAGUGUGUUCUCUGGUCAUCAUACAAUUCUGGUGCCUCCUGGUGAUCUGGAAGCGAACCCCGCCUUAUGGUUGACCGUUGUCAGUCAAUAUAAAGGUAUCAUUUACAACUGAAUAUUUAUAUACCUUCUCCUCAAUACUUGAAUACCAAUGCUUUUGUCAUGAAUGUUAUAUUUAGUAAGAUCUGUUCUGUUCUUUUAGUACGGGAUACGUUUUGUUCGUAUCCAGUCAUGGACCUAUGUACUAAAGGUCUUGGUCAGCAUAUACCUACUUUAAAGGUGAGUGGCUUCAAUUUGAAAACUAAACAGAUAUUCUCGGGUUUACAGUUGGAGUAUUCAAGGUUCCCAAUCUCCAAAACCUAACUCCCCAAAAUGGUUAUAGAAAUUCCAUUUCAGAGGGUUUAAAUUCCAGAGUCUUCACAGAGAGAUGCCCAUGGAUCCCCCCCCCCCCAGGCUCGGAUCCCACCACAUAGCCACCUACGUCUUUCAAAAAGCCUCCCACACCAAAUUUUAUUGGGAACCCUGGGUAUUUAUAGUGAGUGAGUGGGCAAAUCAUCCCUCCCCUCUCGCAAGCCCUGUGGAUAAGUCUCAUUUUCAGUAUUUUUCCCAUUAAGGCAAAAGGUGUGAACCUAGCUUGCGUUCGAUCUUGUGUCGUCGUUGCUGAAGAACGUCCUCGUAUUAACUUAACGUCCGCAUUCUCCGCUCUCUUCUCUGGCCUGGGAUUAUCACCACGAUCUGUUAGUACUUCAUUUGGAUGCCGCGUUAAUGUUGCCAUCUGUACACAGGUAUUGUAAACUUUAUCAUGGCUAGGUCUAUCAGUUCUGCACUCGUCUUCCUAUAGAAGAAUUCUUUAUAUCGGGCCUGUGUAAUUGCACGGAGUACUUGGGAAAACCGGAUGUGUUUGGUAGUCAAACGUGACAACUUUGUUGCAGAUCUGAAACAACUUGUGCGCUUUUACGUAUGCACACAAGGUUGUAACAAUAUUGUUAUAUUAUGACUGUAUCGGACUUGUUGGAACAACCUUGCAACAAGUCUGAUAAUAUCAACAAUGUCGUUACAAGUUGUUGACAGCUGUGACAGUUGUGUACACACGUAAAAACGCUCAAGGUGUUACAAGUCUGCAAACAAGUUGUUACAAAUCUGUUCACAAGCUGUCGGCAAGUUGUGUUCGCACUGCUUGUUCCUAGUUGUUGUAACAAGUUUGGAACAAGCUGUCAACAACUUGUAACGACCUUGUUGAUAUUAUCAGACUUGUUGCAAGGUUGUUCCAACAAGUCCGAUACAGUCAUAAUAUAACAAUAUUGUUACAACCUUGUGUGGUCAACCUUGUAACAUUCUUGUUAUAUCAUGACUGUAUCAGACUUGUUAGAACAACCUUGUAACAAGCCUGAUAAUACCAACAAAGUUUGUUACAAGUUAUUAACAGCUUGUUCCAGACUUGUCAAGUUGUCGGAACAGCAUUGCUGCAAGUCACGAUAUAACAAGAAUGUUACAAGGUUGACCAUACAAGGUUGUAACAAUAUUGUUAUAUCAUGACUGUAUCGGACUUGUUGGAACAACCUUGCAACAAGUCUGAUAAUAUCAACAAGGUUGUUACAAAUUGUUAACAGUUUGUUCCAAACUUGUUGACAAUUUGGGACAAGCAGUGCGAAGACAACUUGUUGACAGACUUGCCACAAUAUGUGAUAUUUUUGCGUGUGCACUAUCACCAGACAACUGCUUAUUGAAUGAAGGGAACUCUGGUUACAGAGCACAUUGUGGACUACACGCGUAAAAUCUCACAUCUUGUAGCAAGUCUGCCAACAAGUUGUGUUCGCACUGCUUGUCCCAAGUUGUCAACAAGUUUGGAACAAGCUGUUAACAAUUUGUAACAACCUUGUUGAUAUUAUCAGACUUGUUGCAAGGUUGUUCCAACAAGUCCGAUACACCCAUGAUAUAACAAUAUUGUUACAACCUUGUGUCAUCAACACUCUUUCUAUAUCAUGACUGUAUCAGACUUGUUAGAUCAACUUUUCUACAAGUCUGAUAAUGCCAUCAAGUUUGUUACAAGUUGUUAGCAGCUUGUUCCAAACUUAUUACAACAACUGGGAACAAGCAGUGCGAACGCAACAUGUUGACAGCUUGUGAACAGAUUUGUAAUUAACAACUUGUUUGCAGACUUGUAACAACUUGUGCGUUUUUACGUGUGUAGUAGGCAAUGUACCAACACCUCUGAUUGGUAUAUAUCAGUUGUAUUGUCUACAUUACAGGGAUCUGCUAGUCCAGAGACAAGCACAGUCUAUGUGGACGCACGUGCACUUAGAAAUGAUCGGUAGGUAUACUGUAUUUGAAGUCUAACAUAAUCAUUACACUAUCGGUGACUGUCUUAUUUAUACCAACUAUAUGGAACUAUAUAAUCUUACCGUUAGAGUGACGCUUGUUGAGAAAGGAAGUCCACACAGCGUUUGUUUACAAGAGUCUGGCAAAAUUCUUCCCGGUGUUAAAGUGGUGAUCGCAAAUCCUGAAAGUAAAGGAAUGCUUGGGGACUCGCAUUUGGGAGAGGUAAGUAAUGAGUUUUUCCCAUUCCGAUUAUAGGGGGGUGGGGCGUGUGGAGUGUGUAUCCCUUCCCCUUAUCACCGUCAACAUAUCACCGCUAAUGUAUCACCAUCCUGAUGAGUUGUAAGCCGUAAUGAUAAAUUGUAACGUCUUGAUGAGAACAUUCAUACUCUUCAACAAUUUAAAAUGAAUGAAUGAUAUUUGGUGAGAAAAUUGAAUUGCAAAUCAGUAUGGCUUUGUAUCAGAUAUACAGAUUCCUUCACGCUAAUGAUAUCUUUCGUGUUUUCUUCAUAAAUUAUUAUUGAGUUUCACAAUGAUUAGUUAUAAGUUGUAGUGAUGUAAGUCGUAAUGAUGAGUUACUUGAAGAAUACUGGGUGGAUAAAAUUACCAUCCAACAAUACUCUGUUAAUGUCUAUAGAUCUGGGUAAGAAGUGGACAUAAUGGCACAGGUUAUUUCAAUACAACUGGAGAUGAUUUGUUAUCAUCAGAACAUUUCCAAGCUCAGUUACUUACUGGCGAUACUACGACGAGAUUUGCACGUACUGGAUAUCUCGGAUUUAUUAAAAGGACAGAUUAUACACAAACAGACGGAGGUAUGUUAAGGAAGAUCUGGUUAACGCCCUGCCCCUUGCCUGCUUUUGUAGAUCGAGGGUAGCCUAUAGCUUAAGUGGGGGUGAUUAUCCUGCACUGACUUGAUGUUCUUGAAAAUUCAUGUAAGUGGAGCUGUGCUUGGCUUGGAAUCCACCGAGUUCUUCAGAUUUUUCCCUCACUAAAUAUCAGUCCUUAGACCUUACAGUAGUUGUCAAACAUGCUGUUAGGGAGCCAUGAGCGUCGCCACCUCCAUAUAUGGUUUAAGGGACUAACUCCAAAUUCAUAGGAACUUAGUUGAAUUAAAAAUUCUGGAGUUACUGGUUAUCAAAACUAGCUACCAAACCUGGAUUACUGGCCCUUAGGUUGCCCUGAACGGAAAUUAAUAAGGUUCUGUUUUCUUCACAGCUCGCCAUGAUGCGUUGUUCGUUGUUGGUUCUCUACAUGAAGCUCUGACUCUACGAGGCAUGCGCUACCAUCCCGUGGAUAUAGAAAACUCGUCAUCAGAUGUCACAAAUCUAUCUGCGAGUGGUAAGUCAAUGAUAGACAGGAGUUUGGUUUGGUUAUUACACCUAUUAAAACAGUUUAGAACUGAUAGAGCUAUCUGUAUAAAUUGAGUUUACUUUAGUUUUAAAGCAAGUAUAGUGGCCGUAACAAGUUUCGAGCAAAGUUUAGUGCAAAGUCGUUUCAGGUAUAGUUCAGACAAAAACCACAGCAACCACCUCAAUUUUACAUUCUAGUGCUGUAUUCACAUGGACGAACUUACUGGUCGUUGUCGUCGAACUGGAAGCGAAUGAAAACGAGGCUUUGGAUGUCGUACCGCUGAUCACAAACAUCGUGUUGGAAGAACAUCAGCUGGUUGUGGGCGUGGUCGUUGUCGUCGACCCACGUGUCGUUCCAAUCAACUCGCGUGGGGAAAAACAACGCAUGCAUCUGCGUGACGCCUUCCUGGCCGAUCAGCUCGAUCCAAUAUAUGUCGCGUAUAAUAUGUAAAUGAAGAUUUGGAGGCGGGCGUGCGGGUCACAUCGCCCAAGUGAUAUGCUAGAUAGUAGGUGUGGUAUCGGUAGUAAUAUAUUCAAUGUGAAAUAUGGACUGUAAGUCGUGUUUACAUUGCAAGCCUUGGCCAGAAUGUUUAUGCAUUGGGCUACACACGUGAAAACACAAAAGUCUUCACGAGACUGGUUGUAAGAUUGCUUCAAGGUUGUGUGUUAACACUGCUUGUUCCGUCGUUCGACAGGCCCGUUCCAACUUGUUCCAUUUGACAGCUCGCUACACACGUAAAAACGCACAAGUUGUUACAGGUCUGGUAACAAGUUUGGAACAAGCUGUUAACAACUUGUAACAAGCUUGAUGGCAUUAUCAGACUUUUUAGCAAAGUUGUUCUAACAAGUUCUAACAUGAUAUAACAAGAAUGUUACAAAGUUGAUGACACAAGGUUGUAACAAUAUUGUUAUAUCAUGACUGUAUCGGACUUGUUGGAACAACCUUGCAACAAACCUGAUAAUAUCAACAAGGUUGUUACAAGUUGUUAACAGCUUGUUCCAAAAUUGUUGACAACUUGGGGCAAGCAGUGCGAACACAACUUGUUGGCGGCUUGUUGCCAGACUUUUUACAAGAUGUGAGAUUUUUACACGCGUAGCAUUUGCCUAAAAUAGCAUUGUUACAACUUGUUAACAAGUUCGUCAAAAGCCUGUUGGGAUCACAUCUUGUUGACAAGAUGUUCACGAUUUUACAUGUGUAGCUACCGGAGGCCAGUGCAAACCUGGUGCCUUGAGAAUGAUUUAGCCUAUCAAAGUUUCUGUGAUGACACUCAUAGGAAUAUUGCAUACUAGGUAAAUUUUUGAAGUUUUGAAGGAUUUGUAAGAAAUGUUUGAGGAAACUGACUCGGUGUUAAACAACGCGUCAUUCCCCUCAAAAAUCUCUUACAAAUCCUUCAAAACUUAGAAUUUACCCAUGCAAAAUUCCUACUUUGAUUACAUAAACAUCGAUAGCAGAGAUAUAAUAUUUGACGUGGCUAAAGCCUGCAGGGUGAAUACGGCUGUAUAAUAAUCGUAGAGGCAAAAGAUGGUCAAAGAUAAGUUUAUUCUUUAGGCUUUAGAAGAAAAAUGGUUUUAAACUUGAACAUAUAAACAUGCUUGUUAAUUGAUGUUAUUGCGAGUCAAUUCUAGUUAACGUUAGAGAUGUUGUUUCCCGAUAGAGAUAGUAAUGGUUCCAACAUUCUCAACUUAUGGAGCGGUGGCACUGAAGAGAAAGGGUUGGGUAAACAAAAAUUCGAGUGAGUAUAAGAGGUUGGGUAAAUGAAAUACAGAACAACUCAAGGGUUGGGUAAUAAAAAUUUAUUGUCAUUUCCAAAGCAUGACCCACUCAAAUAUUGAAGACUAAAUAUAAGCAAUGUCAACAGCCAUAUGUCAAUACAAUAUGUGAAUCAAUCAGAGUCACUAUCUUGAUCAUUUUCCGAUUUGUCAUGAGGCAAAUGGUGUCUCCCAAGAAAAUACAUGUGCAGACAAUAUAAAACUUUAGUCUGCACAAGCUAAGCAGUUUUUAAACUCGUGUCACAGAAGUGGGAAAGGACAUAUAUGUGACAACUGCACGUAUCCUUUUGUAAUUUUUUUUUGCCAGGGGUGGGUAUGUAUUUUUUAAUUGAUAUUUGAUGUUGGGUAAAAAAAAUUCAGACUUUUUAAUGGUUGGAUGAGCAAAAUGUUUACCAAGAAAAACAUUUCUCUUCGGUGCAAUCGCCCCCGCCAUAAAUAUUGACCGCUCUUUUAUUUUAAAAUUUCAGAACAUGUGUGUGUACAAUGGUAUAUAUGGCGUUAACCAAAAUAAUGGUUAUAUAUACUGUAAGAUCAAGUAAACCUAUUAGUUUUAUACAAAUGAUGGUGUAUUGUAAAACGAAAGAGUUGGAACGAAUCCUUUUAUUAAAGGUUAGCUGUGUUAAUGGCAACCUUAGUAUUGUUCUAUUUAUAUUACAAAAGUUAAUGUAGUUUAGGCUUUUAUGUUUUUUAAAUUUAACAUUUUGUCAAGGUUUGAAUCAACCUCGUACCCAGGAUCUUUCUUUGGGAAAGACCCUGGCUGCGGCUGGUCACGUGCCUCAUCAAAAAUUUAGCGCCCGAGGGGGUGUGGGGAAAGUAUCAAAUUACAUAACAUGCUUCCAGUU